GUUACAGUCCGUGGUGGGCGGAGUAGACGCGAGGAUGUUGAGUUUGUGACGACAAGCAACGUGAAUGAAAAAAAUGACGAAAUAUUUGUGAUUGGGACAAGUAGCGGUCGCGAAUUAAUACGGCACUGCGCAAAAAGCCAUAUCAUUUUAAGCUCAGCCAGCUGGCCGCCCACCCCGUGUGACCUCUGGAAAGGCUUGUUACGAGCACUAUGGGGAACACAAGCAGUGAGAGGGCCGGCAUGGGCCAGGAAAAGGCCCAUAGAAGGGAUAGUCGAGGAACCAAGGAAGGAGACCGGCCUAAAAUCCUAAUGGACAGCCCGGAGGAUGCUGAUAUUUUUCACGGGGAGGACAUCAAAGCACCUUUAGUAAAAGAGGAAUUCAUUGACUGGAGACCAGACCUGGAGACCAGUGAGAAGGUUCCUGCUUUAGAUCGACCCACUGUAUUUCGGUGGACUGGAGCAGGGAAGGAAGUCUAUAUUUCUGGCUCUUUUAAUAAUUGGACCAACAAGAUUCCUUUGAUAAGGAGUCAAAACAACUUUGUGGCGAUUGUGGAUUUGCCUGAGGGUGAGCACCAGUAUAAAUUCUACGUUGAUGGACAGUGGACACAUGACCCAACAGAGCCUGUGGUGACCAAUCAGCUCGGCACGGUCAACAACGUCAUCCAGGUGAAGAAGACAGACUUUGAGGUGUUUGAUGCACUCAUGGUGGAUUCACAGAAGUGCUCUGACAUGUCAGACCUGUCCAGCUCUCCUCCUGGGCCAUACCAUCAGGAUGCUUACGUACCCAAACAGGAGGAGAAGUUCAAAUCUCCACCCAUUCUACCCCCUCAUCUCCUACAGGUCAUCCUCAAUAAGGACACAGGCAUCUCGUGUGAUCCAGCUUUGCUUCCUGAACCCAAUCACGUCAUGCUUAAUCACCUGUACGCUCUGUCCAUUAAGGAUGGCGUAAUGGUUCUCAGCGCCACACACCGGUAUAAGAAGAAAUAUGUCACAACCCUGCUGUACAAGCCUAUCUGAGAAACAUGCCAUUUCAAAACUCAACUUACAUGACCUCUGUCUAGCUUAGCUGUUUUAUAUAGUAUGUAUUAAUGUAAAUAGGGAUGUACAGAGAUGCACUUUAGAGGUAAAUCCCACCUUAAUGAGUAUAAACUAAACAGAAACAUAGAAAUAGCUUAGAUUUACAAGACAGUUAAGCACAUAUCUACUCUUUUUAGAGGUUGGUACACUAUUUAGACUCACUGUUCAGUGGGACUGGGCCAAACUGACUGAAUCUAAACCUGUAUAGAGGUGUGUUCUUGAAUGUGAAAGAAAUUGUGUAAAUAAAGUGUGACAUGUUUAUUAGUUUGUUUAAUUAAAAUAAUUAUGUGUGUGUGGAUAAAUAUUAAUAUAUUAAUAAGAAGCAUAAUGAGAAAAAUGCCAGUUUUCAGCAGUUUGUGUUAGGAGCCAAAUAUAUAAAAAGGGUUUAAGAAACUGCGUUUUACUUGAGAAACUAAUUUCACUUUUUUUAUUUUGUGAAAAAAGUAGAUUUUUUAAAUCCGUUGUUUUAUUAAGUUUUAUUUUCUGCAUUUUUAUUAGAACAGCACUAAAUAAACAUUGCAAAUGUCUUGACUUGAUGUAACUCUUAAUCUCUGUUGUUCUUUGAAAUUAAAUAUCACUUUGAAUAAAUGAUUGACCCAA